AUGUUUCCGAAUCGCUCUGGGCAGCCUGUCCCAGGGCUCUGGCACCGCAGAGGAAAGAAGUUUCUCCUCAUAUUGAGGUGGAUCCUCCUGUGUUUCAGUCUGUGCCCGUUGCCCCUCGUCCCGUUGCUGAAAAGAGUCUGCUCCGUCCUCUUGAGAUAUUUACAACGUCAAUACACUCCCUCUCAGCCUUCACUUCUCCAGGCUGAACAGCCCCAGCUCGCUCAGAGUUUCCUGAUGCUCCAGACCCCUCGGCACCUUUGUGUCCCACGGGGCUGUCUCCAGGAAUUCCUUGUCCUUGAGCUGGGGAGCCCAGCGCUGGACCCAGUUCUGCAGCCGUGGCCCCGCGGGGCAGAGCGGAGGGGGAACACGCACCCCCUGACCUGCUGCUCACGCUUGUGCUGGUGCCCCAGGUGCCAUCGGCCUCGGCCGCACGGGCAACGGGAGCAGAGGAACCGGCCUCAAGUUGCGCCAGGGGAGGGUGAGGUUGGAUGUGGGGAACAAUUUCUUCCCCAAAGGGCUGUGGGGCAUUGGAACAGGCUGCCCAGGGCAGUGCUGGAGUCACCAUCCCUGGAGGGCUGGACAGACGGACAUGAGGUUCUCAGGACACGGGGCAGUGCCGGGGUGGGUUAGGGGUGGACUCCAUGAGUUGUCUCUUCCACCCCAAACGAUUCUGUGAUUCCACAGUUUUAUGGUGACAGGGCGCUCCAAGGCAGGGACACAUUCCCUGUUGGCCCUGGCUGUAGAGCCAGCCCGUCCCCAGGAGCUCACCCGCACACUCCGCGGGUGCGGUUCGGGUGUCACCGGCAGAGCCCCGGCUCCCCCUAGUGACGGCGCCGCCGCUCGCACAGCGCCCAGCCCGCAGCCGGCAGGGGGCGCUGCGGGGCCGCAGGGGCGCCUCAACGCGCGCCCCGCCCGGCCCAACGCGCAUGCGCAGUGCCCGCGGCAUGCUGGGAGCUGUAGUCCUCCCCGCGCCGGGCCGGGAGGCCGCGUCUCCAUGGCAACACCGCCCGCAGGCCCCGCCACCCCGUGCGGCCUGUCAGACCUCUGCCCCUUCGGAGGGCACUGAGAGCUCUUGGUGCCACGCACACCGGGCACACACCGCCUCCCCGCCGGGAAGGGCGGGCACGGCACAGGAGCCCCCGGGUGACAACGACUUGUCUGGUGGUCACGCUGGUGGGCUUGGGGCUGCUGGGGACUUUGCAGCUGGGACAGAGUGUGACGGAAGGAGAUGGGGAUCUGGGGACACGAGCAGUACAGUCAGUAGAGCGGUAUGGCAUCCACUGGCCAUGGAUGCCUGGGGACAGUUCAACGUCUCUAUUGCCUGGAACGGGGCAGACGUUGAACACGCAGCUCCGCUCCUGGCUGCAGGACUGUCCCAGUCCCGUCCCAAUCCCAACCCAGUCCCAUCCCAAUCCUGUCCCAGUCCCCUCCCAAUCCCAUCCCAAUCCUGUCCCAGUUCCAUCCCAGUCCUGUCCCAGUCCCGUCCCAGUCCCAUCCCAGUUCCAUCCCAGUCCUGUCCCAGUCCCACCCCAGUCCUGUCCCAGUCCCAUCCCAAUCCUGUCCCAGUUCCAUCCCAGUCCUGUCCCAGUCCCGUCCCAAUCCUGUCCCAGUCCCAUCCCAGUCCCGUCCCAGUCCCAUCCCAGUCCUGUCCCAGUCCCAUCCCAUUCCUGUCCCAAUCCCAUCCCAUUCCUGUCCCAAUCCCAUCCCAGUCCUGUCCCAGUCCCGUCCCAGUCCUGUCUCAGUCCUGUCCCAGUCCCAUCCCAGUCCUGUCCCAUUCCUGUCCCAGUCCCAUCCCAGUCCCGUCCCAGUCCUGUCCCAGUCCCGUCCCAGUCCUGUCCAAGUCCUGUCCCAGUCCCAUCCCAGUCCCAUCCCAGUCCUGUCCCAUUCCUGUCCCAGUCCCAUCCCAGUCCUGUCCCAUUCCUGUCCCAGUCCCGUCCCAGUCCUGUCCAAGUCCUGUCCCAGUCCCAUCCCAGUCCCAUCCCAGUCCUGUCCCAUUCCUGUCCCAGUCCCGUCCCAGUCCUGUCCAAGUCCUGUCCCAGUCCCAUCCCAGUCCCAUCCCAGUCCUGUCCCAUUCCUGUCCCAGUCCCGUCCCAGUCCUGUCCAAGUCCUGUCCCAGUCCCAUCCCAGUCCCAUCCCAGUCCUGUCCCAUUCCUGUCCCAGUCCCGUCCCAGUCCUGUCCAAGUCCUGUCCCAGUCCCAUCCCAGUCCCAUCCCAGUCCCAUCCCAGUCCUGUCUCAGUCCUGUCCCAGUCCCAUCCCAGUCCCAUCCCAGUCCUGUCCCAGUCCCGUCCCAGUCCUGUCCCAGUCUUUCAGGCAGCUCUGUGCUGAGGACACGGACCUGUGGAAGAGAGAUGAACCUGCCCUCCAGCCAGCGCAGCCAGUAUGAGAGACAAACAGGAUGAACCAGGAGCUGUGGUCAGUUCUCGCUGUCCAAGGUGCAGCCAGACAAGGGCAGGAGGGUCUCUGCCCACCCCCAGCUCCCUCCCUCGCCACCCUUGGGGUGAUUUGGGGUUAUUUUGCUGUGGCAGGGAGGCAAAGCCGGGCUCUGGAGCUGAGCGCAGGGGGACCCCAGGAAGGGCCUGAUUGUCCUGAGGCUCUGAAGGGCUUUGCCAGAGCCCUGUCCCCGCGGGAGGGGACGCUGCUCGUGUUCCAGUUGAACCCAUUGCAGCCCUUGUUGUCACCUGUGUGUCCUUGUCCCAGGGGUUCUGUGCUCCUUCCUAUGUGGGGCUGUGUCUGUGAGUCCUACUGGGAGCCAUCUGUCCUGAUCCCCUCACCAAAGGGCUGCUUCCCCUGGGGAAGGGGACAGGGGACCCCCCACCAUUGCCUGCGGCACUGACUUGGCUCGGGUGGGGCUCGAUGCCCUUUGGGGCUUUUGCAGCUCUUGGGACCAUUUUCCAGCGCCCCCGUGCUCCCUCCCCCCACACAGACACCGAGCGGUUCUGGAGAAAUGGCUUUUAAUGGAAAAGAGAAAAAAUUAUA